AUGUGGCGCUCAUCGUCGCUCCCUCUAGUCGCUGCGGCCACGGCAGCAGCCAUCGGUGCUCUUGCCAUCCGUCGUCUGUCAUCUUCGUCUUCUUCAGUCUUUCAUCGCGCUCCUGGAUCAGUAGGUGCCUUGGUCUCGUCGUUAGAAACGCCUUGUCUUGUAGUAAAUCUAGACGCUUUGGAACGGAAUUUGCAGCAUCUUCCUGACUCUCUCAAGGCUUUUCCACAUGUCGCAAUUCGUCCACAUGCGAAAGCUCACAAGUCCUCUGCAGUUGGACAAUUACAGUUACAAAUGUCACAGACAGUAGGACUUUGUUGUCAAAAAGUCGGUGAAGCUGAAGCCAUGUUUAAGGGAGGGAUGAGGGAUCUCCUACUGAGUAAUGAAGUUUACGGUAUUGAGCGCUACAAGCGUAUGGCCGCUCUUGUCAAACGUGGUGCAACGGUGACAUUGAUUUUUGACAAUGUUGAGACAGUUGCUCAAGCUGCAAAAGCUGCCAAAGUUCAGGGUAUCCAUUUUCGAGCUUUGGUGGAAGUGAACGUCGGGCAAGAUCGAUGUGGUGUCGAUACGGUAGACGAAGCUGUUGAGCUGGCAAAGACGAUCGAGUCGUAUGCUCCAAACUUAGACAUGGUGGGGAUUCAAGCGUAUCAUGGUGCAGCACAGCAUAUUCGCAGUUACGAAGAGAAGAAAAGGGUGAUUGCGGGCGUCGUGGACAAAGCCAAGAGUGUGCGUGAUGCACUUAUGAUGCAUGGAGUAAAUUGCAAGGUGGUUACGGGAGGAGGAACAGGGACGUAUCUGUUGGAAGCGGCAAGUGGAGUUUUCACGGAGGUGCAGCCGGGCUCGUACUUGUUCAAUGAUGCUGACUACGCGAAAAACCUCGGAGAAGAUGGCGAACCGGUGUGUGAUUGGGAGCAAAGUCUGUAUGUGUUGACGACGGUAAUGAGCACGAAUGUUAAAGCUGCGGUGCCACGCGCAAUCGUGGAUGCUGGUAUGAAGGCGUUAUCACAAGACUCGGGUUCGCCAAUCGUACACAACUUAAUCAAUGGAAACAAGCUGCCGACGAUGCUUGAAUAUUAUGGUGGCGGUGAUGAACAUGGGAUCCUAAAGCCGACGCAGAAUGCUUUACUUACCCAUAAUCUGGAGCUCCCUGCUUUGGGCACGAAACUGCUGCUUAUUCCAGGCCACUGCGAUCCGACUGUCAACAUGUACGACCAUUUGGUGGGAUACCGUGGCAACCGUGUCGAAUGCGUGUGGCCGAUCGAGGCGCGUGGUCCUGGCAACUAG